UGUUCAGCACCCGGUUGCUUCGGGCAGGGUUCCGGUUGAAGCAUUCUGGUUGAAGAUCCCCGGCUGAGCCGGGCAUGGCUCGCACGACGCCAUGACGAACUGGGAUCAAGUGCAUAUCCAUACCAGCGAUGAGUGGUUACUCUCCCUGCUCUCCACCGGUCUCACCUUCGCCUUCGUGGCUUUGGCCUUGCUGGCGCUGCGUUUGCCCUGGAGCUCGGCGGCGACGCCGCUCCAGCUCUUGGGCUCACAGAGGGAGCGCCGGAAGCUCCGGCGCUUGGUACUGCCCGACACCUGCAGCUGGGCGGCUGGUAGGACUCUUCCUGGACCUGGUCCUACGGUGUAUUCGUUUGGGAGAGACUGGAAAGGCCGCCAAAAGCAAGAUUGUAUUGAACGUGUAGACAUGGCGGAGCGACGCCUCUCUCUCUUGGAAGAGGAGAACUUGCAGAGCCUCAUCCAGAGGAGAGAUUGGAGUGCCUUGUACGAGCAGACCAAACAUUUGGGAGCCAAAGCUUAUGGGACCAUGGUCAGUAUGACCAUGGGAAAACCUGAGGCCUGGUGGAUGGUACAUCAAGUGAAGCAAGAAGGGCUGGAAGAGAUGGACUUGAAGCCGGUGGUCGUCUUUGUGAACACGCGGAGUGGCGGGCAGCAGGGCAUGAAGGUCUUAAAUGAGAUGCAAGCCUACUUGCACAUUGCUCAGCUGGUCGACCUUCAGCGAGAAGGUCCUGAAGCGGCCCUGCGCUGGUGGGAGAAGACCACUUUGAGGUAUCGCAUUCUCGUGUGUGGAGGCGAUGGUACUGUCGGUUGGGUCUUAGGUGCUUUAGAACAGUUGGACCUCAGCUACAUCCCGCCUUUGGCCAUUCUUCCGCUGGGCACCGGCAACGACCUCGCCCGGACCUUCGGCUGGGGCGGCGGCUACACCGGCAGCAGCGUGUUGCCACUGUUGCAACAAGUGGGCAGGGCCCAUGUGGAGCUGCUCGAUCGGUGGACUGUGGCAUCUCGAUCUGUGGAGGACAAGCGGCCCUCCUUCCUGCCCGGCGGAUCACAGCCUCCGCGGGAGCGGAAGACUCUGACGAUGAGCAACUACUUCGGCAUAGGUGUGGAUGCGGCGGUGGCCUUGGACUUCCACCAGAUGCGUGAGCGCCGUCCAGAGUGGUUUUGGUCUCGACUUGUCAACAAGCUUUGGUACUUCAGGAGUGGUUAUAUCAACUGGAUGGGAAAGACCUGCGCCAACAUUGGCAGCAAAAUAGAAGUGAUUUGUGAUGGCGAAGCGGUUGAUAUCCCACCGUCCUUGGAAGGGGUCAUCAUCCUGAACAUCCCCAGCUUUGGUGGAGGCUCGGACUUGUGGGGCCGAGCGGAAGAUGAAGAGACCGAGCAGUGCGAGAGCGAUUCGGACAGCACCGCUCCCUCGGUCUCUUCAGUGAAUUGGAACUCCUCGGGCGCUCCGCGGAGGCAAUCGAUGCAGGAUGGACAGUUGGAGGUGGUCGGCGUGCACGGAGCGCUCCAAUUGGGCGCCAGUCAGGUGGGACUCUACAAGGCACAACGCCUAGCGCAAGGAUCCCAUAUCAAGGUGACCACCAAGGUUGCUUUGCCCACAGAGGUGGAUGGAGAGCCCAGCUGGUUUGCCAAGGAUGGUGUCAUUGAGAUCAGCCACAGGGGCCAGGCCUUUAUGCUGGUGAACAGUAAGGAGACCUCGCAUGCAGUGGCGACUGAUGUGGUGGACUGGGCCUUGCAUCACAAAAUCAUCAACUUGGAGCAAAGGCACCGGAUGCUCAAGGAGAUUGCACAGAGGGCCGGGGCGCGAAAGCCCAAUUCCUGGACUCGCUUGUCUCCUCCCGACUGAGAACUCCGCACGGGCUGACCAGCUGUGCUGUGAGACCCAAAAGAACGCUGUGUGACGC